AUGGGCUCUCGUCGAGCUGGAAGCGGCGGUGGCGGUGGCGUUGUUCGUGUUGGCGGCAGCGGCGGCGGCGGCGGUGGUGGUGGGACGGCGGCGGGCGGUGCGGGGGACAAGUGGCAGGAGAUGACUUUGAUUUCCUCCUCCUCGUCGUUGUCGUCGUCGUCGAUGCAAAUCCACAGCGUUGCCGGAGAGACGGCAGGACGGGCCGCCGCCGCCUUCCGAAUCAACUUGGUCGAGGGCCGCUCCGCCGGGCUAAGAGCAAUGCUGGCCCGCUCACUCGCGGCAUUGUUUUUAUCAUCGUCCGAGAUGUACGGGAUGUGUUCCCGGCGCGGCGGCGAGCCCGGUGUGCCGCUUGCCCUGCCUGCGAAGGAGAGCAGCGGGGUGGUGUGGGAGUUCCGACUCGUCAAGUGCUCCGGGCUCGUCGCCGUCGUCGCUGCCUCUCGCGGCGGCGGCGGCGGCGGGGUGGAGGUGCCCCCCCGCGGCGGAACUCCCCCACCGCCGUCCCGCGUUUCCUCCUCCGCCGCCGCCGCCGCCGCCGCGAGCGGCAGGAACGACGACGACAACAAUGCCGCGGAGGAGGUGGGCGUCGCCGGCGCAAGCGCUGCUGCAGCCGCGGGGUCCUGCAGUGGCGGCGACGCGGCAGCCUGGCACGCCUGCCUGCCCAGCUGCUCAAGGGUGACAUCCUCGUCGACGUCGUCCGCGUCGUGGUCUACGCGCAGACGCUUCGCCGCCCUCCUGAGCCCCUGCGUCUCCGCGGCGGCAGUAGGACCCGCGCUUGCUGCCGGGGCGGAGGACCCAACGGCAUUUUGCACGGAUGCGCUGCCUGCAUCCACACGCCGUGCGGCGGAUGACGCUGCCGUUCGUGCCAGUUUGGCUUCCGCGGCCUGCGAAGCACCCGCCCGUUUCCUACUGCUUUUUCCGCGGCUGCUGCCGCUUUGGCGGCAUGUGUACUGCUGUGUCUCGUUUUUGGCGCCGCCCACCGUCGCAGUGGCCAAUGCGCAGCUAUUGGCGUGGUCCUCGUCCUCGUAG